AUGAUCUCCAGUGUAAUCCCUGAUACCAUCACCUCAUGGUUUAUCAGUGCGUUUGCUGUGGACCAGGAGACAGGUCUGGGUAUCGCACCCACUAAUGCUAAGGUGACUGUCUUUCGGCCAUUUUUCAUCAAACUAUCGCUGCCUUACUCUAUAAUAAGGGGCGAAUCGGUGGCACUUCAGGCCAUUGUUUUCAAUUAUAUGAGUAAAGCGAUUGACGCCGAGAUAGUGAUGGAUAACAAGGAAUUGCAAUUUGAGUUCACAAACGCUGGCAAUGAUGUGAACGUCAAGAGCGGCUCAAACGCUACCGAAAUGCGAAAAUCGAUAUCAAUUCCGGCCAACGAUGGAGUUUCGGUCACUUUUAUGAUUACACCCAAAACUGUUGGCUAUAUUGCCAUUAAAAUGACGGCCACAACACAGACCGCCGGCGACGGAGUGGAAGAUAAACUGCUGGUCAAACCCGAGGGUCAGACACAGUAUUUCAAUAAAGCACUUCUCGUGGAUCUCAAACCCAACGCAAACAUUACCGGAGAUAAUGUGUUGAAGAAGAAUGUGUCGAUUGAAAUGCCGACAAACGUAGUGCCGGGCUCUCGACGAGUCAGCGUUUCCGGUGUCGGAGAUAUUAUGGGACCGACUGUUAAUAAUUUGGAUCAAUUGCUUCGUAUGCCCUUUGGAUGUGGCGAACAGAAUAUGCUGAAUUUUGUGCCGAAUAUCGUUGUAUUGGAUUACUUGAAACAAAGCAAUCGUUUGACGCCAGCCAUCAAAUCAAAGGCCACUUUAAACAUAUGCAGUGGUUAUCAAAGGGAACUGACGUAUAGGCGCGACGACGGCUCGUUCAGCGCGUUUGGCAAAACCGAUAGCAGUGGCAGCACUUGGUUGACGGCGUUUGUGCUCAAGUCGUUCCUACAGGCGAGAGGUGUGGUCGACGUCGACCAGUCGGUGAUUGACAGUGCCGUCGAGUGGCUCUUCAAUCGGCAGCAAUCGGACGGCAGUUUCCACGAACCGGGAGUUGUGUUGCAUAAGGAUAUGCAGGGCGGCAGCACUGGCGGGAAGGCUGUGCUCACAGCCUAUGUCCUCAUCGCUAUACUCAACGACCCGAAGGCCAAUACCACGAGACGCGACGGUAUCGCCAAAGCGGAGGCUUAUAUCAGGAGUGAAUUGAACGCCACGAAGAGUCCGUACGAUCUGUCAAUCAUAGCCAAUGCCUUGCAUUUGGCUAACAGUGGGUUCAGUGGUCUAGCGUUUGACAAAUUGAAGAGUUUGGCCAAAACAAGCGGCGAUUAUAUGUGGUGGGAGACGGAGGCCAACCAGGAGUCCAAAGACAAGGUGUCCGCAAACGAGUGCUUUCAUUUGCCCAACUCUUAUACUGUGGAGACCACGGCCUACGGCCUGUUGACACUCGUGGCCCGGAAUGAUAUCCAGUCAGCGGUUCCGGUCCUAAGAUGGCUCAUCUCUAAGCAAAACUCAAACGGAGGGUUCGCCUCCACUCAGGACACUGUGAUAGGCAUUCAGGCGUUGGGAUCGUUAGCCCAGAGACUAACCAACACUAAUCUAUCACUCAAUGUUAACUUCAAUUAUAUGGUUGCCGACAAAAAAGAGACCAAAGAUAUGAAGAUUGACAACAAUAACGCCAUUGUAUUGCAGAGAAUACAACUCCCGAUUCAAACAACUAGUGUUGAAGUGGAGGCCCGAGGGUUGGGCUCAGCUAUAGUACAGGUGUCCUAUCAGUACAAUCUGGCCGUUGCCUCAGAAUCGCCCGCCUUUUCACUCAAACCAGUUGUUGACAAGACUUCGACUGAAACUUAUCUCAAACUUUCCGUUUGCACUCAUUAUUUGAAUGGAUUGGCCACUAAUAUGGCGGUCAUGGAUGUGGAACUGCCCUCCGGUUAUGUGGCAGAUGUUGAGUCACUUCCUAAAGACAAUCAAAUCAAGAGAAUCGAUACAACAAAAGGCGAUACAAAUGUGAUCGUAUAUUUUGAUAAAAUAACCAAAGAUGAGAUCUGUCUGACAAUACCGGCUCAUAGAGUGCAUAGAGUGGCCGACAAUAAAGCGGUUCCCAUAACUGUUUACGACUAUUAUAAUAGACAACAAACUUCGUUAAACACCGACCGGUUGUACCCAUACAUCCGUAUGUCUACUAAACCAAUGGUCACGUUAUGCUUCCGAAGUGUCCGCAACUCUACUCUCACCCCAACCGCAGCCAACAGUCAGGCACCGACUGGUCAUGGAUUCGUCCCCACAGUCAGGCACCGACUGGUCAUGGAUUCGUCCGUUAGACCAAUAGUCAAGUCACUGAUGGUCUGUGUCUACACAUCACUCGCACCCAACCCUCACCGCAGCCAACAGUCAGGCACCGACUGGUCAUGGAUUCCGCAGCCAACAGUCAGGCACCGACUGGUCAUGGAUUCAUCCGUUAGACCAAUAGUCAAGUCACUGGUGGUCGCAGUCAUCGGUUCGGAACACAUCUCUGUCCAAGUAGAUGUGAGUACAGGUGCUGAGAGAGCGCCGACUUCUGCGGCCAUUCAGUACAUCAUUGAAAUGACUUUCUCGGACUCCACUCUAUGGAAGUCUGGUGAUGGCUAUCAGUGGUCAUCCGACCAGACAUCAGAUGAGGACAGCAUUAGUGUCGUCACCACUACUAACACACCCAUUAUGUCGAUGAAUGCCAAGAAUGACAACACAACUGUUGAGUCCAUACAUUGGGUUAUUAUGGAUAACGACGGCACGGAUUUUCCUACUCUUGUCUAA